AUGAGCAAUUCCCUUCCCAAAUGGUCGCCCCCCGUCCACGUCCGCCGCUGGCCAAAACUCCUGCAAGCUCCCAGAUUCCUACCGGCCACCACGGAGUCCAUGGAUGCGCGGGACGCCUCCCCGUUCCGGCGGGCCCGGAACCCGCCCACGAAGGCCUGCGGCAACUGUGCCCGGGUGAAAUGCAAAUGUAUGCCGCGCGCAGCCGGCUUGAGCUGCGAGAGGUGCCAUCGCCUGGGCAAGAUAUGCGCGCCCUCCGAAGCGGCAGCCAAGCAGCAACCCCGGGUGCCGAAGCGCCGCGGGGUCUCUCCCACGCCGACCGCCAGGCUGGAGCAGAAGCUGGACAGCCUUCUCACUGCUCUCCGGUCCAGGGAGCCGUUGACCGCCGCGGCGCCCGAGCUCUGGGAGCAAGAGCCGACAGAGCCGGAGUCUACGGCGGCGCAAGAUGGCGGACCGGCUUCGCCGUCGGAAAGCCACGGCUCCGCGACGCCAUCUGACGACGAGCCUGAUUCGCUCGGGGCGCCGUCCCCCGUCGAGGCCGACGAGUGUCUGUGCCGGUUCCGGGACGACAUGGUGGUCUCGAUCCCGUACGUGUACAUCCCCCCGGACAUGUCCUCCGAGCGGCUUCGACAGGUGUACCCCUUCCUGUGGUUGGCCAUCAUGGCGGUCGCGUCCAGGUCUGUCAAGGCGCGGAACGCGCUCAGCCUGCAGACGAGGCGCAUCAUGAUCGAGAGGGUCGUUGCCGCCGGCGAACGGAACCUCGACCUGCUGCUUGGGAUCCUUACCUUUGUCAACUGGGUUCAUCUUCCCCCCAUGGACAAGCAGUUUGCCGGGCUGGCAUCACAACUCGCCGUGUCCAUCGUGUGGGAUCUUGGCCUGCACAUGCCUCCGGCCGAGAAUGCUUCUAGGUAUCGGCUUCCCACCGAUACUGCGGCCUUGGGCCGGUCGGACGCAUUAUCUGGCAGAGAACGGACCCUUGAAGAGCACCGUGCUGUUCUAGGGACCUUCAUCAUCACGUCUACGCUGGCUCACACCCUCAAAUCCGCCGACGGGUUCCGUUGGACUCCCUACAUGGACGAAUACAUCGCCGGCCUAACGCGCCGCAGCGCUCUGCCGCAGGACCAGAUACUCGUGAAGGAGGCGAAGAUGCAGCUCAUCGUCAGCCAGCAUCGGUACUCCUCGUGGGGGCUCAGCAACGGGGAUAUUCCCCUAGGGUGGAUGGAUGUCCUGCAGCAGCAGAUCGACGAAAUCACCGGCGACACCGCUCAGACCACAGGACUGUUUGGAGGCGAGACGGCGCUGCUCAUGUUCCAUCACUACGCAUCCGCCGUCAUCCGCGAGUGGAUCACGGCCCAGCCGGCCACGGCGCGGAACGACCCGGACCCGCGCCGGUACGCGGCGCACCAGCGCUGCAUGGACGCCAUCCGGGCCUGGCUGGACCUGUUCUUCGCCCUGUCCCCGCCGGCGCUGGCCAGGGUGCCGUUCGGCAUCUUCGCGCAGCUGUGCUACGUCGUGCUACUGCUGCGCCGGCUCACCACCACCACCACCACCCCCAGUACCACCACCCCCACUACUACCACCACCGCCGCCGGGGGUGGGGGCGACGCCGCCUGGAACGCGGCCGCGGCGCGCGCGAUGCUGGAUCCGCUGCGGACCGUGGACCGGAUCAUCCACGCCUUCGAGCGGAUCAGGGACGCGGGCGUCACCCGCGCCCCCGGGGGUGAGGAAGAAGAAGACCAUGCGCUCGCGCUGGGGUUUCAUAAGUUCCGCGCCCUCCGGGCGGCCUUGCAGCGCGAGCUGUCGGCGGCGGGGCCAGGAGGAGAUGCAGGGCCCGCCGGGUCGCGGGACGCGAUGACGGAGGUGUCCGAUGGCUCCGGCUCCAGGUCCAGCUUUGCCUCCGGCUCCUGCUUUGGCUCCGGUUCCGGCUCCGGGUCCGGCGCGUUUCUUCCGGGGCUGUACCUGAUUCCGAGUCCGGAGAACGGUUUCUUAUGGGAAUGAAGAGGCCACGGAGCUUAGAAAGAAGGCCCCCGUUGGGAACCGGGGACCCAAGCACCUCCUCCAAUCACGCCAUGGAGGGCUGAUGGCUGUGGAUGGUUGUUGAACACGG